CUACCAUCCUCAGAAGCCGUUGACGGCUCUAAUAGUGACGGAUCGACCCCCCGCAAUAUUAUUUUAUUUUCCUUUUUCAUUUAUUUUGUGGAAAAAAGAAAAAGGAGUACAAGUAAGAUUCACUGCACACAUCCGUCCUCAGCAAUCCUCAUCAGAUCUCUUCAACUCAUAAUCCUGUUUUGAGCUUUUGUAAGAGCUUGUGCUAACGUUAGCUAGUACACGAUUAUUGCUAAUAACUCUACGAUACUACCUCGAGACAAGUCGGAACAAGACCAGUCUCAGGACUCACCAUACUCAAUGAGCGUACAGCGCAAUGUCAGAGCGCUCUGGGCAAACGGCAAAGGGGAAGGAUGGCAAAACCAAGUAUGCGUCUCUCAACCUGUUUGAUACCUACAAAGGAAAGAGCCUUGAAGCACAGAAGCCUGUUGUUGCCCCUCGUCAUGGCUUACAGUCUCUUGGUAAAGUUGCCUCUGCACGGCGCAUGCCCCCCCCUGCCAGCUUGCCUAGUUUGAAGGCAGAGAACAAAGGUAACGACCCCAACGUCUCGCUCGUUCCCAAAGACGGCACAGGAUGGGCAAGCAAGCAGGAACAAGCAGACCCAAAGAGUACCGAUGUAUUGUCAGCAGCGCAGCCGGAGUCGCAGCCGCCUGUGGCCUCACAGACGUCUGUGCCGAGCGUGCCGAAAACACCUCCAGCUCAAGAGGCCCCGACUCAAGCUCUAGCCGUAGGACCAAGGUCCUGGGCACCGGCCAGUGUUACACAUGGAGUACAAGGAGAUGGUGGAAAGGGAUCAAACCAACAGUCGCCAUUCUCUCGCGAGGAAUUUCCCACCCUGCAGGCGGCUGGAGACCAGGACAAAGCUGGCAAAGAACAGGCCACUGCAGAUCAGUGGUAUGGGCCAGGACCAAGCCUCCGCCCCCAGAACGUAACAAGUUGGCGGGAUGGUGGGGGCCGGGCAUUGGCACCCACCCUGGCUGGGGAGGCAGUUGCGGAGGGCGGUGCUGGGGGAAAUAUGGUGAUGGAGGGUGCUGCUGGGGCCCCUCCCAUCCCACAGCAGAAUGCAUCCUCUCAUGGGCUGCCUAGAGCUCCCUCAACCAGCAACCCCGCACUUCCCCUCCCCCAGCCACCUAUUGGCCCGCAAUUCCAGGCUUACAGAGGGAUCAUACCUCCCUUCAUGUAUCCACCAUACUUGCCCUUUCCACCCCCCUAUGGCCCACAGGGACCUUACAGGUACCCACCCCCAAACGAGGCCCCUAGGUUUUCUCGUUCCCAGGGUGGAGUAGGGCCAGAUGGGCGGCCACCUGGAGGCCCCCGGGGUGAAGUGGUAAAACGCCCAUCCAUCCUCAAACAGGAUGACCUGAAGGAGCUGGAUGAGCUGGACCAUGAUGGAGAUGAGGGCUGGGCUGGAGCCCAGGAGGAAAUUGACUAUUCUGCAAAGUUGAAGUUCAGCGAUGAUGAAGGAGAGGAUGAUGGGGAAGAAGAACGGACUGAACACAAAAAUGGAACCCGGGAGUCAAGGGAGCAGCAGAGAUCCCAAGAUGGACCUGCACCAGUUUCACGUUCCCGGGCAUCCGACAGUGGAGGGGAUUCGCGCCGCACCCCUCCUUCCAGUGCUGAAGAUGGCUCCGCAUCCCCCUCCAGUAAGCCAGGCUGGGCUGAGGAGAGUGGAAGCAGCUGGAACAGCCAAGCAAAUGCAGGAUCUUAUCAGGACCGGCCUUCUAACCAGUCGCCAAUCUCCGGCCCCAUCCUAGCCCCCCAGAAGCCCAACGGUGCCCAGGCACAGCAGCAGGUGGGGGCGAUGCCUGGUGGGCCGACCCCUCCUCCCUCCAACGCCCUGCACCCCCAGCAACAGGGUGAGGAUGAGGAUGAGACAUGGCGGCAACGAAGGAAGCAGUCGUCAACUGAGAUCUCUGCUGCAGUAGAGCGUGCCCGUCGUCGGCGUGAAGAGGAGGAACGGAGAAUGCAGGAGGAGCGCCGUGCUGCCUGUGCUGAGAAGCUCAAAAGACUUGAUGAAAAACAGCAGCAGCAACAGACAAUGAAACCCAGCAGCCCCAGUGACGCUCCAGCCAACAGCCCUAGUCCUUCCUUGUCUGCGCCUGCCUCGUCUCCUAAUGCCAGUCAGCCAUCGUCACCCUGUGUGGACACUGAAGAACCUCCUCUGUCAUCCGUUCAGGGAAGCGGUACAACAUUGGGACUGAAUAUUAAUAACAGACAGAGGGCUGGCAGCAACAGCAGCCAUGACUCCAACACUGAGUCCCAGCAGCCUCAAGCCACCCAGCAUCCACAAUCCCUGGAUGUCCCAGUGCCUGGAGAUGCCAAGGAGGAACCUGCGGUGGGCGGGCCACACAUCCGUGGCCCUAGAGGUGGAGAUGACUCUGUGAAGUUGGUUGAAAGUGUUGGUGGAACAGGACGGCAGGGAAGUGGUCCACCUGGGCAGGGCUUUUCCAAGUAUCAAAAAUCUCUUCCUCCUCGUUUUCAGAGGCAACAACAGGAGCAACUUCUCAAACAGCAGCAGCAGUGGCAGCAGCAGCAGCAACAUAACCAGGUUGCCCAAAAUCAGCUUCAGUCCCAAUCUCAGAAUCAGCAGGGCCCCUCUCCAGGUACCACACCACAGUCUGGGCCUAAACAGCCAACCCUUUACCCCCCUGGCUCAAUGGGGCGCCCUCCACCUCUGACUAUGAAUUUUGAUCCCCGCUGGAUGAUGAUGCCAUACAUGGACCCCCGAAUGAUGCAGGGACGUCCCCCACCCAUGGACUACUACCCUCCCAGCAUGCAUCCUUCUGGGUUGAUAAGUCGAGAACGUUCUGAUUCAGGUGGCUCUGGGUCAGAUCCGUUUGAUAGACAGCAGCAUAGCGGAGCCCCUCAUCCUCAUCGUGGCACACCACCCAUGGAUCCCAAACUGGCUUGGGGACCGGAAGUUUUUCCUGGGGGUACUGAGGGUCGAGGUCUAACCUCCCCUUUACGGCAGAAAGCUGUCGAGGAAGAGGAGGCUGGCAAAGGUCAAAGAAGUGACACUCCUCCAGUGCGUAUGCGAGAAGGAGGAACGGCUUCCAUUCAGGCGCCUGGUGUGGCUCCCAGCUCUCCAUCGGGCUCAUCCAACCAAACCCCACCACCUCUGGGGAUUCAAGUUGGGGGCCAGGGUGCUAGCCACCAUACCCAUCAUCAGCCCUUUAUGGGUGGGCGAGGAGGUUACAGUAGCUACCCUGACAGUGGAUCCAGAAUGGGCCCCCUCCUGCAGCAAAGGGCCAACAGUGGAGGGACACUGCAUGGUUUUGGCCAUCAGGAGAGUAGUCAACAGAGCCAAAUCUGGGGGACUCCUCAUCCCCAUUAUGACCGUAAUGGCCGUUCUGAUCACUCUGCCUUGGAGGCCAAUUCACAUCUACAACACCAUGGUCCUCCCACUCAUCCUCCUCAUUUCACUCUUCAUCCUCAUAAGCAAGAGAAUGGCAGGGAGCGAGAAAAAGUGGGGGAGCCAAAAAAGAGUGACCCUUCACCUCCACUACAUCAGCCGUCCCUCUCCUCUUCCUGUUCAUCGUCAUCAUCAUCAUCUUCCUCAGCUAGAGAAGAUGGCAGUGGAAAACAGUCCCUACAUAAUCAAGUCACUCCACAGCAUGAGCAUGAUACUGGAUCUGCUCAUGCUCCAGGAAGGAAACAAGAGAAGAUGGGAAAUGCACAUAAUCAGCCCCAACAGCAUUCUGUGCAGCACCAUCAUCCUAAACCCAACCCUCGCAUUCGGGAGCACAAAACUGAGACACACUGGGGCCCGAGGCCUGGUAGCAGUAGCGUGAGUGGGGGCUCAACCCAUAACAGGAAGGCUGGCUCUGGAAUGAGUGGAAAUACUGAAGAACCCGCAAAUCAGGGGACUGAGAACAAAUGCUUUACUCAAUCAGAUGGCAUCACAGUCAAGCGGGCAGGUCCUAUUAAGAGACCAGUGCUUAAAGAGAUGAAAAGAGAGGGUGGUGAAGGAGGAGGAGAAAAGACCACUGGAGGCUCUGGUAAAGAUAAAGAACAAGAUGCUAGCCAGACAACAACCAAACAAGAACCAGCAUCUGGGGCUCAAGCCUCCUCAGCACCCAGUGGGAAAGAUGAUGCAGUCUCAUCAAAUAAAUCCAGAACUGGUGGAAAGGAGCGAGGUAACACUGGGGGUACAGGUAAAGGAUCUAAAAACGGAGAAAGCUCCAUUCAGAAUUCUGGCUAUUCAGCUCCUCAAUCCAGGAGGGAACGAGAGCUUUCUUCUGAAAGAGGAAGCACAACUUACCAUGCAUCCUCAUCCAGAGGUAGCCGAUCCAACCGUGGCCGAGGAGAGUUCUUUGGCCGAGGCCGAGGCUACAGGGGCACUUACACUGGCAGUGCAGGUGGAGGUAGCCGUGGGAAAGCAGGUGGCAGAAGCAGCAAGGACUAUAGGUCAGCAACCAACAGUGGCUAUCACCAUGCACCUUCUAAUCAAGAAUACAAGCGGGAGGCAUCAUCUGGCAGUGGUAGGCACGGACAUGGGGGCUCUCAGACAAAUCCGGGACGUGCUAGGAACCGAAGUGAGACUCGAAGUGAAGGCUCUGAAUAUGAAGAGGUGCCAAAGAGGAGGAGACAACGGGGAUCUGAAACAGGCAGCGAGAGUGCUGGUAGUGACCUUGCUCACUCUGACAAGGAAGACCGCAAGCUGAACAUCAAGACUGGCACACGAGGAGAGAACUCUACAACAGGCCCUUCUUCAGCUCCAAUCAGAAACUCCCAGACUAGAGUGUUCACUCCAAGGGGAGUGCCAUCAAGACGUGGUAGAGGUGGAGGUGGUGCUGGAGGGGGUCUCCAUAGAAGUGGAGGCACUGCUGGAGUGUCUGGUGGACAUAGAUCUGGACCUGCCUCUGCUUCUCAUGGCUGGUCUACAAAAUCUGCAACUGUGCGAAAGCAGCAUACAUCCUCACAGCCAUCCCCUCCUAAAGAUUCAGGCCGUGGAAUGAAUGGUGACAAGAAGAAAGCUGCAGACCUGAAUCAAUCUCAGAGUCAAAGUGCAAAUCCCUCCGCACCUAAUCCCUCUGUGCCUACAGCUAUCCAACAAGGGUCCACUGAGAAUGGAAGUGUUGGAGCCCCUCUGCCCUCAAGUAAUGUCCCUUCAAAUUCCACUGGUGCUCCUAACCAGACUCUUCCUCAGUCUACCCCAGAUGGACGAAGUUUCCCUAACAGGGGAUUUGAGCGGCCCCCUCGUCGUAGGCGCAACGGACGAUCCCAGCAUCAGCAGGACAAGCCUCCCAGAUUCCGCAGACUUAAGCAAGAGCGAGAGAAUGCAGCCCGUAUAAAUGGAAGCAGUGGAAUUGAAGUCAUAGCUGGACAACAGCAGCACGCUGCUUCACCGUUGCAGAAUUCCCUGCAAGAAACCAACAGCACUCCCAAUGCCUCUGCCCCAGCUGUUGCAAAUGCAAACCACAGUGUGUCUGCAACUUCUAACAAUAAUAAUAAUAGCAGCAACCUUGGGGGUGGAAAUCAAAAUUUCAAUAGUCACCACCACCACCACCAUCACUACCAGGGGAACUCCCAGUCACACCCUCAGCACCAUCACAACCAUAACCCAGCUGGGGGCGCCAAAUCUCCCGACGUCUCUAACCAGAACUCUGACCAGGCAAAUGAGGAAUGGGAAACCGCCUCAGAAAGCAGUGAUUUCACAGAGUUUCGAGAAAGAGAGGGUGGAGGAGGAGGUAAAUCUUAUUCUUCGCAUCAUCACCAUCACCACCAUCACCACCCAUCAGGGAGAGGUGGUGGAGGCAACAGCGGUGGUGGCGAGAGAGAGAUGACGGCUAAAGAAUUGGCCACCAGCAAGAGAAGCUUUUCCAGUCAGCGCCCUGGAAUGGAGAGGCAGAACAGAAGGGUGAAUACCGGUGGUGGUGGUGGUGGAGGAAGAGGCCCCAGGGGUCCCCCCGGUGCUGGUGGGGCAAUGGGUGGAGCUGGUGCUGGCGGGGGCAAUCGUGGUGAGAGGCGUGGAAACUGGCCCUCUCCUAAGAACAGGAAGUGAUGUUUUGUUUUUUUUUGGAAAUGUUUAAAAUGCAUCCCUCUAUCUUUGGCCACUCUUUUCUGUAAAACCUCUACCCCCUUAACAUAACACUUUAUUAUUGUAAAAGAUUAGUUACCCAGACCAUGUACACAUUAUAGAUCUUUUGGUUUAUAGCUUUUUGUCCCUUAAUUGGAAAUUCACACUCUGGUGUCCUUUCACACUCCCACAGAUCCUAAACUACUCUUGAGAUUUUACAUACUACACCCCAUUUUAAUGGAAGUAUUUCCUGACUGAAAAUGCAUUCAACCACAUGACCCAUUUAUGUUUGCAUAUACAAGCACAAUAUUACAUCAACCUGACAAAAAUGUGCUUAGUUAAUGUAUGCUGGGCACGUUUCAUAUAUUUAUGUAAGAACUGUGGCUUGAAGUAUAUAUGAAAGCUAAGGUUGAUAUUAUGUACUUGUGUAUUCACAUCACAUGUUGGAUUUUGGAAGUUGCUCUUUUAAUGAGAACAAAUGUAUCAUAGAUUUGUUUUUCCCCUCAUUGUGUUUUGAAUUUCUCCCUAUGUUCAUUUUCCAUUUCAACCUCUCUUUAAAGGUGAGGAUAUAUCUUUUUUUCUUCUGCAAAGCAGGUCAUUAAAAUGUAUUUUUAAAUAGAAUCCCCUUCAUUUUUGGUUCAAUCUUGCAUACUAAUGUGCUUGCCCCACUAAGUAUUACACCACAGCUCACUUUUUUUUUCUUUUUUU